GAGCUUGUUGCAGCUGCAGGGACAGUUGGUUUGUGGUUGUUCACGGUGCAGGUUGGUCCUGGAGGAAGAGAAGAAGCUCGCUCAGCGUCCGUUCCUGUCUGAGAAACAUCUGCAAAUUUUUUACACAAAAAGUAAAAACACUCGUGCCUCCCUGCCCAUCAAGGUUUGUUGCUGUUGUGCAUCUUCCCUUAAUUUUCGAAUGAGGAUGGAGAAGUAUGAGAAGAUUGGUAAGAUUGGAGAGGGCUCCUACGGCGUCGUCUUCAAGUGCAGAAACCGGGACACGGGACAGAUUGUGGCCAUCAAGAAGUUUGUGGAGUCAGAGGACGAUCCCAUCAUCAAAAAGAUUGCUCUGAGGGAGAUCAGAAUGCUGAAGCAACUGAAACACGCAAAUCUGGUGAAUCUGAUCGAAGUUUUCCGACGCAAACGGAAGCUUCACCUGGUUUUCGAGUACUGCGAUCACACCGUUCUCAAUGAGCUGGACCGCCAUCCCAGAGGGGUUCCCGAGCAUCUUGUGAGAAGUAUAACCUGGCAGACGCUUCAAGCCGUCAACUUCUGUCACAAACAAAACUGUAUUCACAGAGACGUCAAGCCGGAGAACAUCCUCAUCACCAAACACCAAGUCAUCAAACUCUGUGACUUUGGCUUUGCCAGGAUUCUCACGGGCCCGUGUGACUACUACACAGACUACGUGGCGACCCGCUGGUAUCGAGCCCCCGAGCUGCUGGUUGGAGACACUCAGUACGGCCCCCCUGUUGAUGUGUGGGCGAUCGGGUGUGUGUUCGCUGAGCUGCUGUCAGGGCUUCCUCUGUGGCCCGGGAAGUCGGACAUGGACCAACUUUACCUGAUCAGAAAGACUCUCGGAGAUUUGACCCCCCGACACCAGCAAGUCUUUAGCAACAACCAGUUCUUCUGUGGAGUUUCCAUCCCAGAACCGCAGGAGAUGGAGCUUUUGGAACAAAAAUAUCCAAACCUCUCACAUCAAACCCUGAGUCUAAUGAAAGGCUGUCUGAGAAUGGACCCGUCUGAGCGGCUGACCUGUGAGCAUCUCCUGCAGCAUCCAUACUUUGACAGUAUGAGAGAGAAGAGCGAGAGCACAUCUCGGGAGCAGGAUCGCCCUGGCAACAAGAGAACACGUUUACCUCGGAGACAUCUUCCACCUGGGUAUUUGCCGCAGCUCACCAGCAGCAGCAUCUUUCCAGCCCUGGACAAUAAGAAGUACUACAACAACCUGCGCAAGUUCAACUACCACCUUCCCAACAUCUAGACACAAUGACCCUGAUCUGGAUCAAACCUCAAUGCCUGAGUAGCCCAGGAAAUGAAGUAGUCUUGUAGCAUUCUGGUUUCUACAGCUUUUAAACACGUUAAUUUCUCACACAAGGUGCGUUGGCCAUCUCUUGCUGAAGUCAGUCUAUGCACUAUAUCCAACAUAUCAUCUUGGAUGUGUUGAUUUAUGGAUGUUUUGCCAGCAUUUAAAGCUGAAAUUUUCUACACAAGGAGCGGCAUGCUGCUCUGCUUGUAGUCUCAGAGUAGACUGGAGGUAAAACUUCACUGUACUGCCUCGCCUGGUUUGCCAAAUGUAUUUUUAUAUGAUGACGGGCUCUAUUAGAGUGACACGUUUUUGGUAGCAAGUGUAAUGUUUUCAUUUAGUAAGUUAUAAUGUAGGAAGCAAAGUUUAACGAUUCAUGAGCAUUUG